AUGCACCUCGUUCACACCGUCUUCACCUUAACCAAUGAACAUUCAUUAGAUAUGGUUCUCGCAAUGCACUUCCAAUUCCAUCCAUCACUCCCUGGGCUCUGCUCUUGUCUUUUCUCCCACCGCUUCAUCUUUUCUGGUCAUUCAACACAAUCACAAAAACUCUCUUUCUGCUUUUGUUUUGUUGUGCAGAAAGAAAUGACCUUGCACCUCUCCCUCACAGCUGCAUUGCACUCAAGUGGGGCGUCCCUGCGCCCCUUGCUCUCCACACACCCCUUCUCUCUUCUUAACAUUCUCAGCUUCUGA